AUGAAGCUUCUGUUUUUCGCUUGUUUGCUUGGAAUAUUCUUGCCAGUUCUCUUGGAAGGUAACAAAAAAAGUGAAUGAACACGAGAAGAAAAUAACGAUAAUGUUCCAGAAGGAGUCAGUGAGAAAGUAGAGCUGUUCAAUUUUCAUGUCAAAACAGUGAAGAAGUUCAACAAGGCUCGACGCAUUAUCGCUUCCGGAUCGUUGGUUCCUCUUAUGAAAAUUGUGAAUAAAGGCCGCAGUUUCGUAGGAGCGAGCAAAAUAGAAGUGGGUCCGGCGUCCAAUAUGUACAAACUGGUAAUGAGGAUUCUUUCAGCUACAAUGAUUCUAUUUCGUUUUUCAGAGAUGGAGCCGCGAAAUGGAACAAGUUGCGCUGAAACUUUUUCAUGAAAUUCAAGAUGAAUUGAAAAGUAGAAGUAUGACGGCGGUUCUACACAUGAACGUGAGACAAGUGGAAGGAUACAGAGCCUUCAUUUGGAUGGGACCAAUCAUCGAACUGGCCAAGACAAUAUUGUCGAUCAUUCCGGCUAGUAUCAUCGAAUCGCUCGGCAAAAUUCUUGAGCUGGCACGUUUAGCUGCUUCAUGCAUUUUCUGUCUGAAAGAGAUCACUCAGAUUGAAACAAUCAUCAUAGUUGUUUGGAUGGCUAUCUGUUACCCGAAGGAGUCUCCCGUCAACCAUGGAAUGGUUCAUUGUGCAGCUGAAGUGGGCUCUUCAUGAUUGCACACAUUGAUCAUUGCUAUUUCAGGCUCUUUUCGCUACUCGCUACGAAAUUGGAUGUUUCACAAACGUUUUCGGUGGGGUUUGCGUUGUGAGACAGUAAUUGCAUCAAUUUCACUUUGAAUGAGACUACUGAUAGUCUUUCAGCACACGAGACGAAGAACUUUUCAAAGUGGGCGUGGCUUGCAAUGAAUGUCCUGUGGGAUCGCACUGUGAAUACACUCUCAACAAGGACGGAUACUACGAAGAGGGCGAUUUGUGCACGCCGCCGGAUCCGAAUGGCACGAUGGCGCUGAGCAAACCAGGAGUUACGACGAUUAAGCCCAAGGGAUCGAUGGACAAUUCGGCCGGCAAUCCGAACUUUUCCAUUUAUUUGCUUGUCAUCCUUUCCUUUUUCCUGUUUUACUAA